AUGAAGCCUGUUACAUUUCUCGUGGCUCUGACUACCGUCGCAGUCGUUCUCUCCACCGUCAGUGCUAGUCCCUACGGUGGGUGGCAGCCGAUAGAGAACAUACAUAACUAUCGCAUCCAGGAGAUUGCUAAGUUUGCGGUAGGAAUGCACAACUAUGAAAACAAUUUCAAACAUCCGUUGAGACUCGUAAGCAUUCGGAGGGGUCUUGUCCAGGUGGUGGACGGCUUGAACUAUAAGCUCGACGUGAUGGUGGCUGAAGGCAACAGUCUCGACUCCAGGGGGAGUAUGUACCGAACAGAAGUUCACGUGAGGCUUGGCACGAUGGAGCUCAUAAUCACUUCUGUACGAAAGAUGAAGCCUGUUACAUUUCUCGUGGCUCUGACUACUGUCGCAGUCGUUCUCUCCACUGUCAGUGCUAGUCCCUACGGUGGGUGGCAGCCGAUAGAGAACAUACAUAACUAUCGCAUCCAGGAGAUUGCUAAGUUUGCGGUAGGAAUGCACAACUAUGAAAACAAUUUCAAACAUCCGUUGAGACUCGUAAGCAUUCGGAGGGGCCUUGUCCAGGUGGUGGACGGCUUGAACUAUAAGCUCGACGUGAUGGUGGCUGAAGGCAACAGUCUCGACUCCAGGGGGAGUAUGUACCGAACAGAAGUUCACGUGAGGCUUGGCACGAUGGAGCUCAUGUUUUUCAAACGUAUAGUUAAAGGGUUAAAUUAA